CGAGGUGGCCAGCGGGACUCGCUUCCUCCAGCGCUGCGGAGCCUGGUCCGGGUCUAUUCCCGGAGCGGGCCAUGCCCCCGCGGGAGCUGAGCGAGGCCGAGUCGUCCCCGCUGCGGGUCCCUACCCCUCCCCCGCGGCGGGGCAGCGCGCCCCCAGAGCUGGGCAUUAAGUGCGUGCUGGUGGGGGACGGAGCGGUAGGCAAGAGCAGCCUCAUUGUGAGCUACACCUGCAAUGGGUACCCCGCGCGCUACCGGCCCACCGCGCUGGACACCUUCUCCGUGCAAGUCCUGGUGGAUGGAGCCCCCGUGCGCAUUGAGCUCUGGGAUACUGCGGGACAGGAAGACUUUGAUCGCCUUCGCUCCCUCUGCUACCCGGAUACCGAUGUCUUCCUGGCCUGCUUCAGCGUGGUGCAGCCCAGCUCCUUCCAAAAUAUCACAGAGAAGUGGUUGCCGGAGAUCCGCACUCACAACCCCCAGGCGCCAGUGUUACUGGUGGGCACCCAGGCUGACCUGAGGGAUGAUGUUAAUGUACUGAUUCAGCUGGACCAGGGGGGCCGGGAAGGCCCAGUGCCCCAACCUCAGGCUCAGGGCCUAGCAGAGAAGAUCCGGGCCUGCUGCUACCUGGAGUGCUCGGCAUUGACGCAGAAGAACUUGAAGGAGGUGUUUGAUUCUGCCAUUCUCAGUGCCAUUGAACACAAAGCCAGACUAGAAAAGAAACUGAACGCCAAAGGUGUGCGCACCUUGUCCCGCUGCCGCUGGAAGAAGUUCUUCUGCUUUGUUUGAACAGUUAUGGCAGCUGAGGAAACCAUAGGCCAGCAGCCACAGACUUCAGGAACCUGGGGCCCAAGGACCUUUAAGGGGGCUCCUGGGAGGGCUAGGCCACCCCAUGGGACUCAGUUCCCCUCGGAACACCGUGGGGACACAGGCCUCUGUCGGCUCUUAGAUGCCAGGGUGCUCCUAGGGCCUAGAGGAGGGGCCUGACUUGAAUUUCUGUGGUAAAGACUCACAGAGAAAUUCCAGCACUUUGAUUUUUUAAGGGAUGGUCCUACCAACGUCAGCCACCUCCAAGCAGUUGGAGGCCCAAUUCACAGUUUCUUAUGGUCAUCCCUUGUAGUACCCACCACCUCUUUCUUAGCACAAGGGUGAGGAAGAGCUGGGCAUCUGGAGGGCCUGGAAGGUGCCCACUGCCAAGUUGGAGAGCUGUUUGGGAUGGACUGAGUAAGAGAGAGUCCAGUGAGAGGCUGAGAGGGAGCAGGAAGCAAGGCCUUAGAGCCUUGAGACUGGAAGCAGGCUAUGGAGGGUAUGGGCAGGGAGGAGGCCGGCCAGAGGGCUCAGUCUAGGAGAACAGAGAAGUAGCCUUGAAGAGCAGGGCUGACACCUGGGCUGCCCUCAGCUCCCAAGGCCAGGGAGGGCGGGGUUGGUCCCUGGGAAGAACUGGGUCUCAGGGCUCCCUAGGCACUGCCCAAACUGGCUGGGCCAGGAGUGGGGCAGGAAGUGAGAGGCAAGGCCCAGCAAGAGGAGGGGGCGGAGCUGCAAACUAGAGCCUGAAGGAAGAAGGGGCUGGGGGUCACCUUUCUCCAAGGUCACCACCUAGAAGGUAAGGUGGGGCAGUGCAGA